AUGGCAAGGCCAUAUAAUACCACUUCGGACAAGAAUGGGUCGUUAAUGACUCCGAUGUCUGCAGGUCCAAAUACUCCCAUAUCUUAUCGAGCCAACGUAAAUCGACAGAAGACGAAAAAAUGGACUGAGGCAAAGAAGAUAGAUUAUGGAGGUGACGACUGGGGAGACGAUGAUGAAUAUGAUCCUUAUGAUGUAUAUGGAAACGAGCCCGAGCCCGAGCCGGCACCCGCACCGGUAUCAAAACCUACAGGUCUACGCCAACAAGGCCAGGGACUUCAUAGUGCGAGAGAAAUGUCCCAGGAUCGAGGUCAGAAGAGUUAUGGCCAUCUCCCAUCAGCUUCUGCGGGCGGCGCAUUGAAUAGAAGAAACUCUUUUGAAGCGAACGAUGAGACGAGGCACUUCUCUAAUUCGACCAUUCGGCAAGAACCAGUACCACCCGCCACCUCCCCGCCGAACUCUGCCGAUUCCUCAAUUGUACCUGCAACACGAUUUUCUCAAAUGGGCGUUGGAGGUAUACGGCACACUCGCGAUCCAAGCGGUCCACCAUCUCUACACAUAUCUACGCAGCAGUCUUCUCCGACUGGAUCGCGAAAACCUGUGAUGUGUGUCGAUCCCGCACCACCCGAAGCUUCAUAUCAAAAUGAGCCCAAGCCCCUGCCAAUUCGCACCAACACAAACAAUUCGUCGAUCCUGUCAGCUGGUUCAGUCAAUACACUGAGCGAUUACGAAACUUCAAGAGAUUUCUCGCCGUCCGCAGUACCGGCUCCAUUGACUAUGCGGGCAUCGUCUGGUCCUCAAAGUGCAACUAAUGAAGCCCCAACUACCAAAUUUCCUGUGCGAAAGAGCAGCUUGAGUACUAUGGGGGCAGAGGCCCAGCGGAUUCACCAAAGGUCACAGGAUACUUUGGCUACACCGUUCCCCACAAGUUCCCGACGCCCACCUUCCCCUGGUUCAGCAGCUCGGUCGCAAUUAAACCCAGGUGCGUCAAAUAUUAAACCUUUACCGUUUAUCAGACCCGCGGAUAUCUAUCGUCGAGUUGAAGAGGAGAAGCAAGAAAAGGAGCGUUUGUCCUUGGAUUCGGCCAGACCUAGUAUGGAAUCUAUUAGGAUGGAAAGGUCGAGUGACAGAUCACAUCCCCCAGGCCAAGGAGUCAGCCGCGAAAGGUCGAGUUCUGAUAGUUUAGGACCUGGAAACCGAGCACGAUAUAGCUUUGGCGAUGAAGGCUCUGAUUCCGGAAGACGUUUAAUGCCAAUCCUAGAACCCGUCAAGGAACGAAAGAGUGAAUAUGGCUUCGAAGGAUUUAAUGCUAAUGAAAUUCCCUCGCCAGGCCUAGAGAUAUCAAAUCCCCCGGCGGGCUCUAAAGCUACGAGCCCAACACUCCAAGAUUUGCAUCGAAGUUCCGGCUUUGGAACCGACUUCUUUCCCCAAUCAAAGCCUGACAGGGGACAUGGCCCUUCCGCCGAAACUUUUACGGAACAAUCGGAGCAAACGAGCCCAGAAGAUUUCAGACAGCCAGGUGAUACUUCUCUUCGAAGUCAGCCAUCUUUUGGAUUUAGGUCUGUUGUCAGUCAAGCAUUCGACAGAACAAGUGAUAAUUCACUCCCUCCAACCCCAGCUUCCAAAACUGGCAGUGAGGUAAGGAGAUCUGAUAGCGAAAGUACCGGGACCACUGGAAUCAGUCCUAUCAUAAGCCGUGGUCCUAGCAAUGCAAUUACGGAUAAUCGGAAUCGUGAAAUGACAACUCCUGCUAUCAUGGAGUUAGUUGAACCCACCUCUUCGAAUCCUCAAGAUGUUACACACGAGGAUUAUGAGGAGAUACUCCCUCCCGCUUUUGUUCCAGGUCAUCGACGUGAUAUUAGUACCCCAAGUCCAGGUAACAGUCCCGCUAGAACUCCCGAUCUCGGUACCGCAUCUAAACGAAUAUCAAUGGGAGAACAAGCCUGGAUUUCUUCUGCACCUGCUGCUUCCCUUAUUGGGGAUGAGAGCCAGAACGCUAGUCUUGAACCUGCACGUCCGGCCUUUGACCGUGACGUCAGUUUUCGCCCUCAGAUACCUGGUGGGUGGCAAUCAUAUGCGACGACCGUAAAUACAAAUACUGUUCAGCCAGAGAUUGUUCGGUCACAGAGUCCGCAGACGGCAGACGAUCCGGUCCAAGAUUCAGCGGCAGACGAUUUGACACCUACGACCACCAAGCAUCCUCUUCCGGAUUCGUCGUUAGAAGCUCUUGAUGUGAAAUCAGACUCCAUGCCCACAACGGAUUCCAAUGGGAAUGUGUAUUCUGCCAUGACUUCCCAUCCGGACCUAGUUCCAAGUAAUGAGAGAACUUUGCCUGAAGCUCAAUUGCGUCCUGAUGCUACACCGGAAUCCAUUCCAACAGAACCUACACCUACCCCACCUAUGAAGAACAUGCGGGUACCGAGUGAUGAAGUCGUUUCGGACAAUCCACCAAAACAUACUGUAGCCUUGCAGCAGAGUAUAGAAAACGAAACUAUCGCUGAUGAACGUCUUCUUCCACCUUCGCGGCCCCAAGUUCUACCAACUUGGAGCACUGACCCUAAACCUUUGGAUGAAGAAAGCGACAAACUCCGCAAAGAGAUAUACAGAAGUUUGUCGCCCCUACCUGCAGAAUCAGAGCAAGCCCACGAGAAUCUGCAUGACAGACCAGAUUCCUAUAAUAUUGAUCAACCGCGUGAAAGCUCGUACUUAACAGGUGUGUACGAUGAUUACUGGAACGAUACAGUUGAUGAAGAACAAUCGUCACCAAUAGCGACGGCAUCUUCUCCACUUAAAGCGCAGACAGAGCAAAUCAUACCAGCAGACAUGCCGGAAAUCCGACCCCUUAGCUCUUAUAGAAUAUCACUGCAACAAACACGUCCUCCUUUACCCACACGUUUCUCUUGGGAAAAGAGUAUGGAAAGCAUACGUCAGCCAGAUGUUAACACAUCCGAACCGCCUCGAAGUCAUGCUGAGCAAUCUAUUGAGAAUGCCGCGGCGUCACAUGGAGACCUUCAGCAAGUCGACCCGGAACCAUACAUGGAGAAGGAAGUCUUGGAAGAACCAUCACAAGUUGAACAUCACCUUGAAAGGGACGUCGCAUUAGGCGCUGGUGCUGCCGCUACUAAUUUACACACCAGUUACCUCGAAUCUCCGCCGACGGUCAAUAUCUCAUUGGCUCAAGAAAAGAUCGAACUACAAUCUGCAUCGUAUCCGAUCACCUCAACUCCCGAAAAUGAACACCCGAAUCAUGGAUCCACAUUGGAUCUAUCGACCGAUCCACUAGGUUCUAAUCCACACUCUCCAGCGAGUAUUCCAAGUCCUCUCAUGGCACGUGAACCAUCGCCUUCAAGGCGUGGGUCUGCCCCUUCUCCACGGACAUCUAAUCUAGGCAGAAUUUUGACAUUCAAAGAAAUUCUAGCAAUGAAAGAUAUACACGAAAGAGUUCAUGCGUUCGAUGAAACAAGGGAGCGUUUCGCAUCUAUGGACUCUGGCAUGCAUGAAUGGAUUUUUGCCCUGAAGGCCGAACAACCAGAACAUGCUGAUGUGACUGAAUCAUACGGAGGCUUUAGAUCAAGUGUACCGACGGGCUCAGCCCGAAGAAACACCAAGAGUGGAGCAGGGGCACUACAGUCACCUUAUUAUCAACAGUACCUCAAUGCUAGUGCGCCACCACAGGCAUCAGCACCAGUAUUACGACCAGGGCAGACCGCGCCUCCUGGCAUUCAGCAAGGCUUCUCACCAGCUCAUGCCAAGAUCACAACUCAACAAGUCCAAGCGAAAGGGAAAGAAUUCCUUCACACGGCUGGGAUGUUCGGUGGUAAAGCUGGAAAGGCUGGUUUCCAGGCAGGUAAAGGGUUACUAGCAAAAGGCAAGAAUAGGCUUCGUGCGGCCGGUAGUAGUGAUAAGACAAGUUCCCCUCCCAAGCCGAGAAACCCUAAUCGUUCAUCAUGGGGCCUGGCACUCAGUCUAUCGAGAGCUACAGGCCGAACCGACGCCAGUCGAGACGCAGAGCAGAACCCGCCAUCCGAACCAGCCACCCAGUCGCGAAUGUCAACUUCAUUGGAUAUGCUUACUCCACCCCGCAUGGUUGGCAAUCCUAUACGCAAUGAAGAGGCGCAAGCGGCAUAUGGGGCGCAAAUGAAUCAAAUGUCACGUGAAAUUGCAGGUAAGAUUUUAGCUCCCGAUGGAACGGAAGAUGAACAUCUUGUAAAUUAUCCGGGACCAAUCAGUAAGUAUCAACCCACGUGGGAUCCUUACAACGCUACUCUCAUUAAUGAACAAGAUCGCUUCGUUGAUGAUGAGCCAACUGACCAUCAUCCAAUUGCCGCCGAUUUAAUAAUAAACAACAUUUUCAUUUCGGCUAAAGAGCCAAGGAGUACGCGUUCAAAUAGUAAUGACGCGGCUUUUUAUGAUGCCCCAGAAGAGCAAUCAGGCUCAAGAGUCCUAGUUCUAGCCUCGUCGGUUUUCGAAGAAGACACAAUGCAACCUACUGCAGGUCCGGAAGCAUCAACUCAGCCUCCAAUCAGCAUGAUGAAUCGGCCACGGGGUGCAAGUUUGGAUCAGGCGGCCAUAUUUGAUCAACCAAGCCGUGCUGCAAUACAAUCAGUCCAAACUCCUCUUUCGAUCCAGUCCACAGAUCAAAAUACUGCCAGCUUCGAGGGACAAGGAAGGCAGCCUUCGUUCAAGGCGUUGCCACCUAUCCGACGCACAUCCAAGUUUGGAUUCGAAUUUGGAUCCAGGAAACCACAAACCCGAUUUCCUAUAUCUGACGAUGACGAUGAGGAUGAAGAUGGAUCAAAUGGUGGUUUACAGGAUGUAACCACAUUCACCACGACGGCAGGCAAUAGUGGAGAUUCUAACUCACAGCAAACUUCUCAGGUAGAUGUGCCAAUUGCUGGACCCCUUCGAGGCCAGCAGUCGAAUGUUCAGACCAACGCACCUCCUCGGUUUUCGGUUUUUCCACGCGUCUCCGACCCAUUUGUUCAAAGUAAUAACAACUCUCAAGAUGCGCGGCGAUCCAACUCAGCCGUUAGGCAUACUCGUCAAUAUUCCUGGAAUGAUCCCUCGGUUGGUUCCCGAUCAAGGCGAGGUUCGGUUUCUGACCAGCAGUUUGCUCCAAGUCGUGAUAGCAAUGCACCGCCACCAUUGAUACCAGCUUUACCCUUUGAGUCGCCCCCUUCUUCCGCUCAGCGCUAUCCCGAAUUAUUUGGAGGUAUGACUGCUGAAAUUGAAAACAACCAUGAUAUGCCUGGAGGAUAUUAUCAAGCACCCAUAGGUCGAACCGAAGCCUUUCUUCCACGCCAGCAAACCAGCGAGAGUGAAAUUCCAAGAGUCGGCCCUUCUCAAAAUUAUCAAGAGGCCACUGGUCAUCGAAGACGACGUAGCUCAGAUCUCGUCAAUAGGGGUAUGAAUUUCGUCCGCUCUAUUUCGAGAGAGCGAAAAAAUUCACUGUCAAGGGACGAAGCAAUAUCUCCCAUCGAUACUUCUGCUACCAACACUUCACGUGACGAUAGACAGAAACAGAGAGGAUCUGGUUUCUGGGGUAAUUUUGACAUCACUGGGGAACAGCCAUCAAACUCGCCUAUUGGAAGGAAGAGUAUGGUAGCGCAUUACUCUGGUAGCCAAUCAAAUCUGAUGGCAAGUCCGCAUGACAGUCUCAGGACCACCCCGGGAUCUUCCUUCAAUCCCUCUUCUACGUUGCAGACCCCACGCUCUAAUGCACUCGGACGUUCUACAACUACAAUGGGCAAAGCAUUGCAAAGAGAUGAGAAAAAGAGUCGAUUGAGUGGAUUAAGUGGCCUUUUCUCGCGUUCUUCUAAAGGAGAUGGAUCGGUACUUUUCAAGCCGAAAAGAGCCACAACAGAUCUUUCGAGCUAUAGUCCUCGAGGUGGCACGCUUUCGUCUCCUCAAUUCGAAGCACAAACGACACAAGACGUUGAUGUGGAUCACACAAGAAGACCAAGUCGCCCGUUGAACUUUCUAUCUAAAUUCGCCCCUUCUACCUCGGUUCAGAAAAUUGAAAACCCAACAGAGGAUAGUAGGACGCACCAGGAACUCCGCGUGAGACGUCCUUCUGUGAGUGGACUAUUGACUGGUAUGCUUAGGAAAAGAUCUUAUACGCUAGACAAAGAUAGUGAGAGAAGUGAAUACGAUGGAAGAAGACCCAUGACUGUUCCCACGGCGAGAAUGUACUCAGAUCUCCACGCGGAAUCUCAUGAGGCUGCCACACCUACGCAAAGAUUAAAGAAAACAGACCAGCAGCGAGGACGAACCCGCAGUACGAGUAAACCGGAUGGUAGCAAACAAGAACAACAAUCGCACUCUUAUUCUCACCACCGUCCUCGUCGGCAUGGUACCCCACCUCCUCAAGUUCCCGAGCCUCAGUAUGGUUCUGUCCCCAUUCCAGGAGGAUACAAUCUUGUACGCGGUGAUGGAACAACUGCUACGCCUACCAGCUAUGACCCACGUGGCUUGAACAAUCUUCGUCGUCCGUCGCUGGGAGAUACUCUUUCCAAUUCAUCCCAACAGUACUCGAUACCAUCUCCUGUCUCGCCCCUUGCACACUCCGGCUCACCAAUCCUGUAUCAAUCGCCAUCAGUUCAUCAGACUUUCACGCCCGAAGGAAGAGUUCCGAUCUUACCCGCAAUAAAUACUCACAUUUCACCAUUUACGUCUUCUGAUCGCGCUCAUCAUCCGAGUCAUGAGGAUAUUUUAGCUCGCUCACCCGCACGUGAGCAGCCAGGCCAGCAACGUCCUUUCCAGCUUGCACUACCACAUGACAGCACCGCAAACAGUCGAUCCAGUCGCUCAUCUACACCACCUGUCCCUCCUCCCAAGGACCAUCCCGUAGCUUCGAGAAUUCCAAUCUCAGUGCCAUUACCUGCAGAAGAGUUUCUUCCUCUCAACGAGAAUAUUGAUAUCGAUCGCUUUCCAUUGCCGCCUUCUCCGCCUCAGCAUAGCUCAGAGUUGCAGAGACAUAGAAAUCUUUCGGUUGCUACAGAUGAUGGUUUGCAGCGGUCUAACACGGGGAGGAGUCUCGUUAGUGCUGUAUCGCAAAUCUCCGACUCCCCGUCCCCGCAACCACAAGCGGACAAUGCUAUAGAGUAUGUACUGCAUGUGGAUGGUGACAAUAGUGUGAAGCGGAAUAGUAUGAAUCUAUACGAUGCAAUUCCAAGAUUACCAAUUGUGAAUAGGCAGAUGGUAGGAAAAUACGCGGAGAUGAAGGAAGAAACGAAGAUGGGAAUCAGUGGUGAUUUAGAGGUUGGAGAUGGGGAUGAAAAUGCGAUUGGCGACAAGAUCGAUCAUGAAGGAGUCGAAAUUGAAACAGGACGUGCAAGAGAGCAAAGAUUGCAAAUGUCUGCAACGAGCUAUCCGGGUAUGGAGUGGAAUCCUUAUGCGGGUGGAUAUACGGGUGAUGAGUGA